AAAAUCAUUAACACAAGAUUGAGAAUAAAACGACACUGUUUAAGAAUAGACAAAAAUUCUACGGUAAUUAACGGAGUUAAAUAGAGUUAUAGAGGUUCUAGUUGAUUAAUGUUGAGAGUCGUGAGACCAAAACGGUUUGGUCAACGGAAAGUUUUUGGUUCUAUUUUUUCUUCUUCUGAUAGUUUACGAGACUGACCAAAAAAGGAAAAUGGAAAAUCUCUGGUUCAUCUUCUUCUUCUUCCUCACAGCUACUUUGAUCUUCUUCAUCACCAAGAAGUUCCUGUGGAGCCUAAACUUUAAAUUACCUCCAAGCCCUACGCCACUUCCGAUCAUCGGUCAUCUUCACCUCAUCAAGAAGUAUCCUUUACCACAAGCUCUACAUCAUCUCUCUUCAAACUACGGACCAGUUCUGUUCCUCAAAUUCGGGUGCCGUGCCGUUUUGACCCUUUCUUCUCCAGAUUCCAUCGAAAAAUGCUUCACCAAUCACGACACAACCCUUGCUAAUCGUCCCAAGACCAUCACCUCUGAUCACUUCAGCUACGGCUACAAAAACUUCGGAUUUGCUCCUUAUGGCGAUCUCUGGCGAACUCUCCGACGUCUCUCCACUCUCGAGGUCUUCUCCUCCGUCAGCCUACAGAAGAAUGCUUACAUACGAAAUGAAGAAGUGUCCACUCUCUGUUCGAAUCUCUUCAGAUUAUCCCGUGACUCUCGGAGAGUGGAUCUCAAGUAUCAAUUCACUCUUCUCACAGCUCAUGUCAUGCUUAGAUUAGUGUCUGGGAAUCGUGGGGUCGAAGAGAGCGAUCCGGAAUCAGAGAAGAGGUUCUUGGAUGAUUUCAAAUUGAGGUUUUUCUCGAGCAUGUCGAUGAAUGUCUGCGAUUAUUUCCCAGUCUUGAGGUGGAUUGGGUACAAAGGUCUGGAGAAGAGAGUGAUUGAGAUGCAGAGGAUGAGAGAUGAGUAUCUUCAGCGUCUCAUUGAUGACAUUCGAAUGAAGAAAUUUGAUUCCACUGGUUCACUAGUAGAGAAAUUCUUGAAGCUUCAAGAAUCAGAACCUGAAUUUUACGCAGAUGAUGUUAUCAAAGGAAUCGUAGUACUAAUGUUCAACGGCGGAACGGAUACUUCACCUGUGGCAAUGGAAUGGGCAAUGUCGCUUUUACUGAACCAUCCAGAUAAGCUUGAGAAGCUCAGAGAAGAAAUUAAAUCUAAUGUUAAACACAAAGGGCUUAUACAAGACUCGGAUCUCUCGAGCUUACCUUAUCUCCGAUGUGUCAUCUAUGAGACGCUUAGGCUAUAUCCUGCAGCUCCACUCUUGCUUCCUCACUGCUCAUCCAAGAGAUUCAACUUAGACAACUACGAGAUUCCUGAAAACACGAUGUUAUUGGUGAAUGCUUGGGCUGUUCAUAGGGACGGUGAGCUUUGGGAAGAAGCUGAUGUUUUCAAGCCGGAGAGAUUUGAAGGGUUUGUUGGCGAUAGAGAUGGUUUUAGGUUUCUGCCAUUUGGAGUUGGAAGGCGGGCGUGUCCUGCAGCUGGACUUGGAAUGAGGGUAGUGGCGCUUGCUGUUGGGGCAUUGGUUCAGUGUUUUGAGUUGGAAAAGGUAGAAGAAGGAGACAUAGAUAUGAGGCCUGUGUUUGGUGUGGCAAUGGCUAAGGCUGAGCCGCUUGUCGCAUUGUCUAAGCCAUGGCCCGAAAUGGUUCCUAUCUUGUCUCAGCUCUAGUGUCAUCUGUUUUGGCCAAGAAAGUUGAUUUAGAGGAUGCUUUUUAUGAAUAAACAAUACUAAGGAGGGUGAAUGAACAUAAAUCAGAAAUGGAUACCUAAAUAAUGGAAUCAAGAUCUUUGUUUUUCGAUC